AGUUUUAUAGAAGCCAUUGCGCGUGUCGGUCGUGUCGACUGUGGUCGGUCGGUCAAUACGGCUUUAUACAGAGAGUUGUUUAUAAACAUUUCUUAUUUGAGCAGUUUCGGUGUGAAAUUUUUAUAUCGUAUAAUUUUUUAAUUGUUUGAGCUGAAGCUUGUGAAAUUGCUUACUAAUUUUCAAUUGAUUUGAAUUCUGCUUUAAUUUACUAUUUUAAGGAAUAACAAAAUUAAAUCCUGAAAUUCAAAGUGUAUAUUGUGUAUGCGUGCGUUGCUCUUCGAAGUGAGCGAUGAAAGUCUUCCCACGUUUCAAAUAAAAUAACAAAUUGUAUCAGGGUAUAAUUCUCGCAGUUAUUCUGAAGAAUGCGAGGGCGCAGUCAUACCACACCUCGUCGUCGUGGUCCUAAGUUACCACUACCAGCACCAUGUCGAGGAAACUAUGAAGAGAUCUCAGAGUCACCUUACUAUACUAUUGAUAAUACGGAAGAUAUUUAUGGCACAACUCUCUUGCCGUCGCAGCGCUGUUAUGUGGAUCCGUGGGAUUUGGAGAAUUACGACUAUGUCAGAAAAAAGCUGAAUUCACCGCAAAUGUGUAGAUCUCCUGAGCCUUACUAUGAGCCAUCAAUGCCGAUUUGCCCCAAUUACAUGGCACGAACCCCACCACCAGAAUUGCAUGAGGACUUACCAGUAGCACAACCAAAGCGCAUGGCCACAACUAUGCCACGAAAUCGACGUCGCUCCCAUUGUACCGAGUCAUGUCAGCUGCGUUGUUACACAUCACUAGAACCAAUGUUACGUUGUCGUUGGUAUGAAGACUCUCGAAGUGAACUUUUCGGUGUAGGUCGUGGUGAAUACGAAGAUUAUAUGUCGCGCGUUAUGAUGAAUCUAGAAACCGAAGACGAUGCAUGCAAUGGUUAUGGGGGCGUUUCCUCAUCUUCUUCUACUGAGUUGCACAGCUCUAUUGGUAACGGAUAUUAUCAAGCACCGUCCAUAACUUCGGACAAAACUUCUGGCUACGAUGCGGUAAUAGUACCAUCGUGUGGACGACCUUCACCACAAUUGCAGUUCCCAGCGCCUCCCUCACUAGCGCCUCCAAGCGUCUCACAUGAUUACUCCAAUCCUUAUGCAACUCUACCACAUUGUAGCUUUUCAGAUUGUUAUAAUUGCUCUAUGAUCUAUGGCUCUUUACCACCUGUAUAUGAUUUAUACAGUAGUAAUUUAGAGUGUAGCAAUAAAGGAAAUACGAUUUACAGCAGAACAAGACCGUCUUCUUCACUCAGCAGCGGAAUUUACGGGCAUAAAUUCGGACUGAGUAAAAAGGGGCUUCUACAAAUUGACUACUCAUGCAGUUGGAAUGAUCUGGAUCGUAUUAUGACCCGUCAUUUCUAAAUAUCCAUAUCAGCAGCUUCGGAAAGAACAAACUUAUUAUAAUUAUUAAUUGUAUUGAGAGAUUAAUCUUAUUAUCGUAAUUGUUGUGAAAGGCAUAUACAUAUGUAUCCAAUUUUGUAUAUAUAGUAUAUUAUUAUCAUUUACACUGUUUUAUUAUUAUAUAAAUAUUUUAAAUUGAUAGGCAAAUAUUUCUUUGUAAGUCAUAAAUUACCAAAAAAUAAAUAUACAUAUAUGCAUACUAAUAUAGUAGAUCCAGCAACGCGUUGCUGUGACUAUGGUGUACAUUAAAUACUACUAUAGUAAACUAUUUAAUGCAGUGAAAACAUUAUUACCGGUAUAAAAAAUCCAAGAGAUUGUGCAUGGGGUUUAAUUUUGAAAUUUAUUGAUACAAAUAUUUGUCAAUGGAUCAUACCUGCAUUUUCCAUUUGGUAUUUUACUCAAAAUUAAAUUUUUUAUUAUUAUUAUUAUUUAUUUAAAGUUUUUUAGCUAAUGUUCAAAUAUUAACCCCGUGGAUUUUUAUACCGCCUAUAACGUUUCCAUCUAUAUUUAUAAAUACCACUUACUCUAUUGAAUAAUUAAUAAUAAUAUAAUUUAAUGUAUGUACAUCUUAGCGACAGCAACACGUAGCCGAGGUAUUCUAGUAAAAAAGAAAAAUAAAAAAAAAACCAUUAAGGAAUUCAUACUCAUAUUCAACACUAAACCACAUUAUUUAAAAAAAAUCUACUUAAUUUUAAUAAAAUAUCACACACACAUUUUCGGAAUUAAGUUGUAGUUCUUAUAUUCCUUAUAAUCUUACUUAUUGCCGAUAUAAACGCUAUAAAUU